CGGCUGCGUGCGAGGUAGCGUAUGUGUAUAUAUAUACACACACACACACAGAGGCACACACCCACGCGCGCCCUGGCUCUCUCCCAAGCCGAGCUGUGCGGUGGGCUCGCGCUGGGGUAUUUACGGUAAGGUGGCCCCGCCGGGUCCGUGUGUCAGGUGACCAGAGGCGAGGAGCGGCUCGUGCUGCCGCCACCGCCGGUCCGGAGCAGAGGGAGGAAAAUGCAAGAUGGCCCAGCAACAGCGGUGGCGGCAGCGGCGGCGGGGCGCUGAGGAGGGGUUGCUUGGCGCGCCCUCCGCGGCCCUGACGCGCGGCGGGGACCACGGGCAGCGCUGAGCGCCUUCCUCCUCCUCCUCCUCCUCCUCGUCGUCGUCGUCGUGCUCCUCUUGCCCGCCAGCCCAGACGCGCGCCCGGCUCGCUCUCCCGCUCGUCCCCCGCAGGGGCAGGCAGCGAUGGGGCUCUGCUACAGCCUGCGCCCGCGGCUCUUCGGCGAGCCCGGCGCAGCAGCAGCGGCAACGGCCGGCGGAGGCGGCUCCAUCUCCAGCACCACCGCCGCCACCACCACCUCGGAGACGGAGCAGCAGCCGUCGCCCAGCAUCGAGUCCGCAGCCCAGGCCGGGGUAGGAAGAGGAAGAAGCGCGGGCAGCGGGGAGACUGAGAGCGCCGGCGGGAAGCCGCGCCCGGGGGAGGCGGACGGGCCGCUGCUGCUCCUGCAGAACGGCGAGGGCAACGGGGCGGCUCCCGCGGAGAAGCAGCCGGGGCCGCCGCCGCCGCCUCAGGCCAACCCCGCCGCCAAGCCCCAGUCCGUGGCGCUGCAGAGGCCCUGGGAGAAGCAGCGCCCGGAGGAGCGCGAGGCCGAGAAGGAGGCGAGGAAAGUCAGCAAGAGCAUCGACCGCGCGCUCAAGCAGCAGAAGCGCGAAUACAAGCAGACGCACCGCCUCCUGCUGCUGGGGGCUGGUGAGUCAGGGAAAAGCACUAUUGUCAAGCAAAUGAGGAUCUUGCAUGUAAAUGGAUUUAAUUCAGAAGAAAAGAAACAGAAAAUCUUGGAUAUUCGGAAAAAUGUUAAAGAUGCAAUUGUGACUAUAGUUUCAGCAAUGAGCACCUUGAUACCUCCUGUUCCACUGGCCAACCAAGAAAACCAGUUCCGAGCAGAUUAUAUUAAGAGUAUAGCCCCACUUUCUGACUUUGACUACACCCAGGAAUUCUUUGAACAUGCAAAAAAGCUCUGGGACGACGAAGGAGUGAAAGCAUGCUUCGAGAGAUCAAAUGAAUACCAGUUGAUUGAUUGUGCGCAAUACUUUCUAGAAAGAAUAGACAGUGUCAGCUUGCCUGAUUAUACUCCCACAGAUCAGGACCUCUUGAGAUGCAGGGUUCUGACAUCUGGAAUUUUUGAAACAAGAUUUCAAGUAGAUAAAGUAAACUUUCACAUGUUUGAUGUAGGUGGUCAGAGGGAUGAAAGAAGAAAAUGGAUCCAAUGUUUUAAUGAUGUCACUGCUAUCAUCUUUGUCGUGGCCUGUAGCAGCUACAACAUGGUCAUAAGGGAAGACAAUAACACAAACAGACUACGUGAGUCUUUGGACCUCUUCAAAAGUAUCUGGAACAACAGGUGGUUACGGACAAUAUCUAUCAUUUUAUUCUUGAACAAACAAGACAUGCUGGCUGAGAAAGUCUUGGCAGGAAAGUCUAAAAUUGAAGAUUAUUUUCCAGAGUUUGUACGUUACACUGUACCUGAAGAUGCAACACCAGAUGCAGGAGAAGAUCCCAAAGUUACAAGAGCAAAGUUUUUUAUCCGGGAUGAAUUUUUAAGAAUAAGCACUGCAACUGGAGAUGGAAAACAUUACUGCUACCCACAUUUUACAUGUGCAGUGGACACAGAAAACAUUCGCAGAGUGUUCAACGACUGUAGAGACAUCAUUCAGAGAAUGCAUCUUCGCCAGUAUGAACUAUUGUAAUUGAAAAUACCAUACAGCCUGUGGUUUUAAGCAGCUUCUUUUUCUUUCUGAACUUCCUAACACAAAGUAGAGGAUGUAGCUGUCUAGAUAUGUCUGCAGCCUGUUUGUUUACUUUGGUUAGCCUUUGGGCAAGUUUGCAGCAUCCCCCCCCCCCCCUUGUUCAUACUGUUGCAGACAAUGUGCUUAAUUUUGAUAUGCCACUACUUUGUCAUUCCACUAAGCCACUUGGCUACCUCUGUUUUCUUAGGUUCGGUUGCAUGUGGGGUGGGUUUUUUUAAUUAAUUGGACACAGCCUGCUCAUUUUUUCCCCAGCAGGUUUGUUAGUUCAAGCUGGUAUCUGCUAGUUGGGUGAUACCAUGUCAUACCUCUAGUGUGCGCAGGUCCCUUUUUUACCAUGACACUGAAGAGUACUUGAUGGAUGGUGAAAAAAAAUAAUGCACUUUGUAUCAGGGUUAUGAAGUAAUGUAGAGGAUGUAUACAUGCGUGAUGUAGCAGCACCACAAUAUUUAUUACACUGUCAGUUUUUAACACAACUGAGCUGCAGGUCCACUGAACCAGUGGCCUCUUCUAAGCCAUUACUGGCACAGGAAAUAGAAUAGAAAACGAGGCACAGGGAAGAUAAGCAAUUUUGGGGAGGUUUGAAGUAAGAGUCUCUACGCACCUCAGGCAUUUGAAUUUAGAGCUACUUUUUCAGCCUAUUGCAUCUAGGCAGAAAAUCCACCACCUUCAUUUAUGUUGUUUGUUUGUCCAAAAAUGAUCCAGCUAGCUUAGAUCCUCUUUGGACAACAGUCUUCUCCCUAUAUAUAAUAUAUAUACAUAUAUAUAUAUAUAUAUAUACAUACAUAUUUUUGUUUUACCGCUGGUUUAUUAUAUUGUACAGACUGUAAAGUGUAAUAUUAUUUUGUACAAUUUUAUUGAAGAAAAAUACUUGUAGAAGAUCUUUGUGCCUUGAUUAUGGCUGUACCUGUAAAUUGAGCUAAGAUGUAAGUAUGUUUUUGAUUGCGCUGUACAGCUUGAUGUCAACUUCACCUGCAACAGCGGCUGGAGGUGAAAAACUUCUCUGUAGAGUUUAGGGUUUUUUUUCUGGUUUAUAUAAAAAUGCUCUUUAGUAUAAAAAAAUUAUAAAUUAUGCAAAUUUUAGUCAUCACCUUUCCAAGCAAGUUGUUAUCGCCACCAGAUGUUGCAGCAACAUGCCUUUCUCUCAGUCUCAGCUUUAAAACACUGAAAUUGAUUCAAGUGUCCAAAUUGCAACCUGGUGUGGUUUUCAUGGGAACCAAGGGUUUUGUUUUUACCUUUAGAAAAAGUAUGUUGGGUAAUUCUUUGGUCAUUCAGAGAUCUUUCACAAUUGCAGAGGCAGAUUGUGAAUGCAUAAAAGCAUCAUUAGAUAAAGGUUCUUAUAUCUUUGCUGCAACAGAUGCUUUCAUUGUGCUAGAAAAUUGCAGGAGAGAGAAGAAAAGCUGUAACCCUUGUGUUUGGCCUAAGAGAAUUACAAGAUGACGUUUUUAUUUCUCUUAAUAAAGAGACCUUAGAAAAUGGUUUAUUUUAAAUAUUGUAAAAUCACAAUGUGUGGAUAUUUCUCAAACUUGAAUAAUUUAUGCAAAUGACAUUCACAUAAUAAGUUGUGGUACAGUACAAUAUAAAAGCAAGAACUGCUGUAGCAAUAAGGCAUGUCCUCCUCUAAAUAUAACAUUGCUUUAUAUUUUAUACAUAGGUGUUAUGUCUGAGUACAUACUUCCCUGUGUCCAAGAUAACCUGUACAAAAGUUUUAAAAUUAUAGCUGCAAUAACAAAUUUAGAAGCGUUAGCCUACAUAACUUUGUAGAUGAUUUAAUCACUUAGAUUAUAUUCAUCCUUUAAAUUUAAAGACAAAUUGUUCCUGGAAAUAUUUUCAACCACACAACCUAAACAGAUAUUUAUAACAACAGCAUGUUUGUUCUUUACAUAAACCUUUUCUCUCCCCCUCGCCCCCAGAAAAUUGGACAGACAUGUUGUGGUUGCAGAUUUAAAGAGGAAUUAGUAAUCUUUCUGGGUACUGUAUUUUCUGAAAUUCCUCAACAUUUUAGUCCCACUCUGAAACUGCUAGUUGGACAUAUUCUGUGGUGUUUCAGUAAGGAUAACCAAGCAUGUUCCCAGAAUGUUUGAGAGGAAUUCUUAUUUUGAAGGGUCAGAGUUGUCACUGUUACAGAAAUAAACAUUUUUCUAUACUUCCUCCUGAAGAUACAGGAAAAAAAACUGUUGCCUGCUGAAAGUAGGAGAACGUAAUUCAAAACAGUUAUGGGGGGACCUCUGCUUAUAUGCCAUUUCCUCCCUUCCCAAAUUCAAAAACUUGGACUACAUCCAAAGGAUGUAACUGUCAGCAGUGGUUGUAUGAUGUUGCAUUGGUUCACCCAUACCCUAAGCACUUGGGACACCUUUAAAACUCAGCCUCGAGACUGAGUUAAGGACUGAAAGUUGUAGCUAAACUUUUGCACAUAAGUGCAAUACUUAAAAAUGCCACUGGACUCAGUGGGGACUUCCUUUUGCUUCAGAAUGUUUAGAAUUAGGGUGGACAUCCUUAGGUUCUCCCCAUGAGCAAUUCCUUAGAAUCCUAUCUGAAGUACAGGGUGCUCUUAUUGUUUUUAAACUCUCUAUGAACCAUGCUGGGGUAGAAGAACAGCUGCUAACAUUCUAUUCUGAGGAAGACAUCCAAGCAGAACUCUUGACAUAAGUCAAUGGGAUGUGCACAGACUACACACAACUACCAAGAUAGCUCAAAAGGCUUGUCCUCACUUUUCUGCCUGGUUUGCCAUUAGUUUGCAAGCCAGCUAGCCAGGGGUUUUGAAUGAUUGUCAAGUAGACAACACACAAAUAUCAUCUAAAACUACUUUAUAUUGAACAUAAGCAAGGUGACUCAUCUGAGGCCAGUAAGUUACUUCUCCCAAACAAGAGCCUUUUGUUUGCAACAUCUUACUGUAAAGUAACUCUACAUCUUGUAUUGCUGACAUCAAGGAAGAGAAGUACCACAUUAGAUGGUCACGCAGCAAUAACACUUUAGAAUUGUUUCCAGUUAGAAAGACUAAGCCUCUAGCAGCAUAGGACACUAGUGCAGACACAAGAGGAGGCUUGUAGACUUAUAGUGUACAGUUACAAACUUUUAAUAUACAUGUUUGAUACAAAAAAACUUUAGCAAGAAAAAAAUAACUCAUUUGAUUGUAGAAUACAAUAUUUUUGUACAGCAUGAAGCAUUCGGUUAAUUUAAUCCUGUAGAAAAAAAAGUCAUAUCAACUGUAUAAGACUUUCUGUGUGUAAAGGCGACCUUGCCUUUUGGGCUAGCAACUCAAGUAUGCAUUUGCUGGCAUGAAUGUAGUCUGAUGGACUGUUCUUUAGCUUUGAUGUGUCAGUAACCGAUUACAAAUGUCCAGCUCUUCAUACUGCUUUAUGCUUAGUGAUUAAAUGCUGAACAAAUGAGAAAGGGAAGCUGAGGCAUGAUUGAAAGUGAGCUGUUAUAAGGAGGACCAGCAUAGCUCCAGCUGCACAGUAGACAGCAACAACUGUGUUCUCAAAUGGAAGAAAGCAUUUGUAGAGGGAGAAAUCUGUCGAUGUCAUGCUGCCCUGAGAAAGAAAACAAACGCCAUUCACAUAUGACUGGGGCCAAAAGGUUAUCAAGCUGGGUUUUUUAAAAAGUUUGCCUUAAUGGCAGCUCCUUGCUUAGCACCAGGGCUUUCAACUGUCCAGUGGAUGAAAAUCUAUUUUGCUUUCAAAUUGCUUAUGUUAAGCUAUUCUCCUGUUAAGCAUUGAGCUGCUCUGGGCCAUUUUGUGCCACUUGAAAGCAUUUGGGUCCUCAAUAUGAACACAGCAGAAGUAUCUUUUUGUCUGGGCAGGCUCUACAAAACAAUGUGGAUUGUCCCAAGUCACGUAGUGACUACUGACCACAAUCCAACAUACACUUUCAUUCCCAUUGAAAUCACUGGAUUUAGUAUAUUGUGUUACGUACGGAAGACCCAGUGUUUGAGAGAGCUGGACGGGAGGCCUGAUUGGUUAGCUUCAUAUACCAAUGCGAGGGGCAAGGAGGAAGCUUUACAGGUAAUAUAAGCCAAUAGCCAAAUAUCGUCCACAUUUCAAAGUGCAGGAAGUAAUACAUUCUGAAGUGUGGAAUGCUUUGGUAAGCAACCACUCUGAAUAGAAGGAAAAGACACCAUGCUUUACAAGCAGAACUGUUUAGCAUCAUGUUUACUUGUUUAGGUGUGAAAGAAUUAUACCUAGGAACUAAGAAAUAGAGAUCUGUAACUGCUUGCCUUUUCCCAUGCACAGAAGGCUAAAUAAGUAAAUGUAGCUUAGGAUUGGUUUUGAAAACAAAAGUAAAAGGUACAACUGGGAAACUGUGCUCCAGGUUAAUCUACUGAAAGUUGUAAUCUAGUAUACCCAAAGUAGGGGGAAAAACCUGUAUCACAAAUAUUAGGUUCGUCUGAAUAGAAUUUUGCUGCCCUAUGGGAUAGUUUGCACUUCUGAACGAUGAAAGAGCCAUGCAGAAAGAUAUGGUAUUGUGAAUAAAUUAGCCAAGCAAAAACAAGUCUUAAUACUGUUUGUUGCAGACUACUGAUGAUUGUUGCAGUCAAAUUGUUUACACAGCACCUUCUUUAUAGAAACGUACUAAAUAUGCUUGUAUGUAAAAAAGGUUGUAAAACCGAGGAAAAAAAAUACUUUGCACUAUACAAGCUGGAUAGCUCCCCAGGUAUGUGCUUCAUAAAGUGGGUGCUUUGUAUUCAAGUUAAGUGUACUUUUGGAAGGGAUGGGGAGAAACUGUUUUGUUUUGCUUUUCUACAGGUAGCAUCAGUUUGAGAAAAUAGCUGAUUGCUAUGUUGAUUUAUAUUAUGAGAAAUCUGACAAAAUAAAAGCGAUUUAAAUUUA